GAAGAGCAUUGCCUUCUCUGUGAUAUGCAUAGAGGUACAGUACAAGUACAGAAAAUAUUCUGGUGGACCGUGUGCUCGGUUCUGGAUUCUAUGUUAGAGCUCCCUCUGGUCUUAGUAUUCUAACACAUACCGGUACUUAUAAAGUGGUGUAUUUCCCAUUUCCCAGUGUUUUUUUUUCUUCUCCAUCGGAUGGCAGUUACACUGGACUAAACGACACAUGACCGAACGAACUAACGACAUGGACGUGACUAAUGCUAAGGAGGACGUUGCCAAUUCGCCAGUCGCCAGUUAUGUUCCCACGGAAAAAAAUGUCGAGGAAAGGUGGUUCGUCACUGCUUGGGAAGAGAUAAAGUUCUUGUUCACCACUAGAGAGGGUUUACUUGGGGAUUAUGACUAUGCCUGGUUAUUGACGCCGGAUAUUCCCCCCUUUAAUCGAAAGUAUAAAGAUCGGGUGAAGCCCUUUUACGGCAUCGAUGAGAGGAUACCGUUGCUGUUGACCGUGUUACUGGGUUUGCAGCAUUCACUUGCCAUGAUGGGCGGUGUCGUUACUCCACCAUUAUUGAUUGCUGGGGCAUCAGGUGCAAAUCUCGAUGCCGAGACCAUCUCCUACCUGGUCUCGGUAUCCCUGAUCCUCUCUGGGAUAUUCAGCAUCUUCCAGAUCAUGCGCUUUAAAGUCUUUAAUACCGGGUUCUACAUUGGCACGGGUAUGAUAUCAGUUGUUGGGGAAGCCUUUGCCGUAGUUCCUAUCGCCCAGGCAUACUUUUCCCGACAGUACGAGGAUGGUCACUGCUCUUUGGUAAACGGUGUUAAGCAGCCAUGCCCGGAUGCCUAUGGUAGUUUUAUUGGGACUGUGGCAGUUGUCAUGUUGUUUCAGAUCCUAAUUAGCCUCAUCAAGCCCAGGACUCUAAUGAAGAUCUUCCCCAACCUGGUUACCGGGAUGGUCCUGCUCUGCAUUGGGGGAUCCUUGGUUGCUAGUGGGGUGAAGAGCUGGGCUGGCGGCAGUGGUCCUUGUAUGGCGAGACCCGGAACCGGAUUCUUCAAGUUGUGCCCGAAUAUCAAAGCACCCGAACCACGGCCUUGGGGCGACCCUUCCUUUAUUGGAUUAGGUUUCUCUGUAUAUAUUACCAUCCUCCUGGUGGAGCUUUUCGGAGCCCCUUUGAUUCGGAACUGCUCCGUUGCAGUUGGACUGUUAGUUGGAGCCAUAAUUUCCGCCGCCACUGGCUUCAUCGACACCAAGAACAUUACUUCCGCUCCGAGUGGUACAUUUAUUUGGGUCAAGACAUUCCCGUUAUCCGUGGACGGGAGUCUUGUGUUGCCCUUACUUGCCUGCUGUAUCACGACACUCGUUAGCUGUCUUGGCGACGUCAUUGCUACCGCCGAGGUAAGCGGAAUAGAUAUAGACGGAACGAGCAGCGAUUUGGACACGCGGGUUCAAGGGGGAUUGACGGCCGACGGGGUUUGGAGUGUCCUUGCAGCUCUAGGAACAUGUACCCCUCUUGUCUGCUUUGCUCAAAACAAUGGAGUAAUCGCUUUGACGGGCUGUGCCUCUCGCAGAGCAGGCUACGCGUGUUGCUUUUUCCUGCUUCUUGCAGGCAUUGCUAGUAAAUUCGGCGCAUCAAUAGUCGCCCUUCCGCCCAGCGUAAUCGGGGGAAUGACAACCUUCCUCUUUACCACGAUUGUAGUCUCUGGCCUUCGGAUACUCUCCACAGUGAUUUGGAACAGGCGCAAUAGAUUUAUCGUCACAGCCGCGUUGACACUUGGUUUAGCAGAUUUGAUUGUGCCGGACUGGCUAUUGCAUCUGUUGCCAAGCGGAAAAGGGGGAAGUCUUCAAGGGUUCUAUGAUGGGAUCAGCGUGGUGAUCAGAACAGCGUAUUGUCUUGUUGCAAUAGUAGGAGUUGUACUCAAUUGGAUCAUUCCCGAGGAGAACAGGGGCGAUGGUGGGCUUUUAGGGGGUGGGACUGGUGAUAGAGGUGUUGUUGAGGGGACUGAGCCGGGAAGAAAGGUGGACUAGUUUGUGCGUCGUUUAUUUCAAUGUCCAUUUCUUCCAACUUCUGAAAAAAUCCAUUGUUUUUAGUAUCUUUUAGUGAUUGGACAAUCUUGAAAAUAUUCUAGCCA